AUGAUCCAGUUAGAAAAAAUGAGAAAAGCAUUAAUAACCCUAUCCAUUUUUUCACUAUAUGCCAUCAUAAUAGUAUGUGCUUAUCCAUUCUUUGAUCGUAUGAAGCCUCACGCUAUAGCUGUAGCGUGGGAAUGUGUCGUUGCUGUCACGCAGGACUUAGGGCAGUUAGAGGUGUGGGGAGCUUUCGCACUUCAUGCGUACAGUACGAUAUGGGAUGUUGUUGAAACAUGCAAGAAAUGCAAGAAUGGUAUAAGCGAUCAAGACUGUCAGGAUGAAGCCAAGUUUCUGGGCUGGUCGACGAUAAUAACGCUCAUCAGUCUUGGUCGGGCUAUUAACUGGAAAGAGCAUGGUAGAGGGUCUGUAAAAGGUUCAGCGGACAUAGACAUGAACGGUAAGGUAUCACUAUCGCCAAACGGGCCAACGAUGAGUGGGACUCAACCGACUCAUUACGUGGGGCCUCAGAAAUAUUGA